AUGGCCAACAGUAAUCUCCCUCGAAGAAUCAUCAAGGAAACGCAGCGUUUGCUCAGUGAGCCAGCGCCUGGAAUUAGUGCUUCCCCUUCGGAAGACAAUAUGAGAUAUUUCAAUGUCAUGAUCCUUGGCCCGACUCAGUCACCUUAUGAAGGUGGAGUUUUUAAACUAGAAUUAUUUUUGCCAGAAGAAUAUCCGAUGGCUGCUCCUAAGGUUAGGUUUCUGACAAAAAUAUAUCAUCCAAACAUUGAUAAGCUUGGCAGGAUAUGUCUUGACAUUCUGAAGGACAAGUGGAGUCCAGCCCUUCAGAUUCGCACUGUACUUUUGAGUAUUCAAGCACUUCUAAGUGCACCAAACCCAGAUGACCCUCUUUCUGAAAACAUUGCCAAGCAUUGGAAAACUAACGAGGCCGAGGCUGUGGAAACAGCCAAGGAAUGGACUCGGUUGUAUGCCAGUGGUGCCUAA